AUGGCACCCAAAGACGAUGACUUCGUAUUCACAAUCGAUGACGAUGACGUUGUAUCAGACGAUGGCGGCGCCGAAGACCUACAGGAAGUCGCCAAACUCGCCGGCAAAGGCCAGAAGCGCAAAUAUACCGAGGAUCCGGAUUUGCACAUCCAGCCCAAGGGUGUAAGCUCCAAGAAAGCUAAGGGGGAGAAGAAGAAAGUCAAGAAGGGAAAACAGGCGACACCAGAGCCUGACGAAGAGGAGCUAGAAAUGAUCAAGCCUGGAGAGGAUGUCGAUGGGAAUGAUGAUAUCGCUUCGGAUUUUGAGUUUGCGGUCGGCGAUAUCGAUACAGGUGUUGUUGAGGACUUCGACGGCUGGGGUCUGAGCGCUGAGAAGCAGGAGGCUGCUGCGAGGACGACCAUGGCUGUGGAUGUGGACGAGAUCAUCGAGCGCAGGCGGAACAAGAAAGACAAUGCGGCUAAGCGCGCAAAGGAAGAUGCUGCUGAGUCUGAUGCGGAUGAAGGCGACUUUACAGGCUUUGGAGACGACGACGAGCUGUUGGCCGAAGAUGGGUUUGGCAUGGGCGCCGGGAGUGACAGCGAGGACGAAGUCGACGAACAAUCAGAGGACGAGGUCAGCGCCGCCGACGACAAUGAAGACAAGAAGAACGAGGCACACAACGAUGACGACAACUCGGACGCCUCCAGCGUUGCAUCAGAAGUACAACAUCCAGACGACGUACCAUCAGAAAACGAAGAUGAGGACGUGAGCGACAAGGAGGAUGCAGAGGAGGCAAAGAAGGCGGCAGCUUUCUUCGCUCCUGAAGAGAGCGUCCAGGUCAAGAAGGGCAAGAAGGGAGCCAAGCUCACAGGCUCUUUCCAAUCCAUGUCGCUAUCUCGGCCAAUUCUCCGUGGCCUGGCUGCUGUGGGCUUCACAGAGCCGACACCUAUCCAGUUGAAGACUAUUCCAAUCGCCGUUGCCGGUAGAGACCUGGUCGGAGGAGCUGAGACUGGUUCCGGUAAAACUGCCGCCUUCCUAAUCCCCAUUCUCGAGCGUCUCCUCUACCGACCGAAGAAGGUUCCCACAACGCGCGUCGCCAUUCUUAUGCCCACUCGUGAGUUGGCCGUCCAGUGUUAUAAUGUUGCAACGAAGAUUGCAUCAUUCACCGAUAUCACGUUUGCGCAAAUGGUCGGUGGUUUCUCCAUGCGUGAGCAGGAAGCUGUCCUGAAGACAAGGCCAGAUGUAGUCAUUGCCACACCUGGUCGUUUCAUCGACCACAUGACAAAUUCUGCGUCCUUCCAGGUCGAGCAUCUUGAAAUUCUUGUCCUCGAUGAGGCUGAUCGUAUGCUCGAAGAAGGAUUCGAAAGCCAGCUAAGCGAGAUUCUCACAACAAUCCCCAAAUCGCGACAGACUAUGUUGUUCUCUGCCACCAUGACCAGCUCAGUCGAUAAGUUGGUCCGCGUUGGUAUGGACAAGCCUGUGCGAUUGAUGGUCGAUGCCAAGAAGCAGACUGUCGCUGGUCUGACUCAGGAGUUCAUACGUCUGAGGUUAGGCAAGGAGGACAGGCGCCUGGCUUACCUCAUGUACCUCUGUGACAAGGUUUACACCGAGCGUGUCAUCAUCUUUUUUAGGCAGAAGAAGGAGGCGCACAGGGUCCGAGUUGUGUUCGCGCUUUGUGGCAAGAAGGCGAGCGAGCUGCACGGUAACAUGAGCCAGGAACAGCGUAUCCAAGCUGUUGAGGCUUUCCGUUCUGGAGCAUCAUCGUACCUCCUCGCCACCGAUGUCGCCUCCCGUGGUCUCGAUAUUAAGAAUGUCGCAACAGUCAUCAACUACGAAGCACCUCAAAGUCAUGAAAUCUACCUGCAUCGUGUCGGUCGUACCGCUCGUGCUGGUCGAAGUGGUCGCGCAUGUACGCUCGCCGCAGAGCCGGACCGCAAGGUCGUUAAGCAGGCAGUCAAGACAAGUCGCGACCAAGGCGCCAAGGUCGUCAGUCGACAAGUGCCCGCCGAGGAGGCGGACAGGUGGAUCAAGAAGAUCAAGGAUCUUGAAGAGGAGAUCGAGGACGUCCUCAAGGAAGAAAAGGAGGAGCGUGUUCUCAGCAUAACAGAGCGCGACCUUAAGCGUGGUGAGAACCUGAUUAUGCACGAAGAUGAGAUCAGGUCGCGACCAAAGCGCACAUGGUUCGAAACAGAGAAGGAGAAGGCAGCAGAGAGAGAGAAGGGCUCACAGGCACUCAAUAACCCUGCGGGGGGCUCGAUCAAGAAGAAGCAGAAGCUCAGUCACAAGGACAAGAAGAAGCUGGAGGCUAGGGACGACCGCACGGAAGGGAAGCAGUGGAAGAAGGGCAAGGCAGACCGAGGCAUGACGACAGCGAAGUCGAAGGAGAAGGCCGCGCACAUCAAGGCGAAGACAAAGAAG